UCGAAGAUCAAAGAGAUGAAGAAGAGAGGAAAGAAAACCAAGCCAGCGGCGAUGUUCGAUCUCCUCAAAACGCCGUCGCCGGAAGCUUCGCCGGCGGAAGAUUCACCGAAAUCGGCGAUUUUCUCGAGACCGACUUCCACCUCCAAGGGCGUGAAGAGAGUAACCGUCAAUCUCGCCACCGGCACCUCUCCACCUCGCAAUCACGGAGCUCCGAGCAACAUCUCCGAACUCAAGAGUCUCGCCUCUUCAGGGAUCGGCGAUCUCAAGCGCCGACUCGAUCGCUCUCAAUCUGAGAUCCUCAAGGAUCUCGAAGCUUCUCACUCGCGCCUUCACAAGCGUUUCAAGAUGCAGAGUCAAGCAUGUCAGCAAGUGAUGGAUGAAGCAGAGAAGGAAUACAAAAAAGUCUCAGAUCGGAUUACGGAAAGCCGAGAGGCGAUGAAGGCUUCUUAUGAUGAGUUCAUGGCAGAUGCACAGGCCAGCGCAUCGCGUGCAUGUAAGACUUCUAUCACUGAGCUUUCGCAGUCGUUUGAGAAGGCUGUUGACUCCCUGCGAAACCGCUAUGGGAUUUCGUCGAAUUAGGAUUCAGCUGGUGGAUGCUUACUGAUUCCUUCAUGGAAUGGGACAACAGAGCAACCUGGAUUCUGGAAGGCUAUACUCAGCAUGGGAGGAUUUUUGUUUUGAACUUUUUUUCAUUUUGGUUGACAUCUUCGUUUGUUUUUAAAGCUCAUAUAUGAUACAAAAAAGAAUGAGGCAAUAUUCAGUUCAGUGUAAUAAAAACUGACAAUUAGGCUUGUUGAUAA